CAUUAGGUGCUCUAGGUGCCAUUGGAUGUGAAGGACAUGAAAGAGCUGGAAACAGUGACUAAACACUUAUUGCUUAUUGAAUCAUUGAAUAAAACAGCACAGAUGGACACCAUGGAGUCAGUGCCUGCUCUUUUGAAGACAAUGGAACAAGCUCCACUGCAAGUUGCUAUCGGAUUCCAGCAAAUUUCAGACACGGUCGAGGGAAGGCUAACAUCAGUGACAAUCAAAGAUUCAAAAAGUUUGUCCAUCAUAAAUCAGAGCACAGGAGAACAGGAUUGGACAUUCAGAUGUGAUGCUGUCUUCAACCAGGACAUGGAACAGGAGAUGGUCUACGAGGGACUGGUGAAACCAAUGCUUUCCAAGGCAAUGCUGGGGUACAACAUGGCUCUGAUUGUGUGUGGCACCAAUGCAGCUGGCAAGAGCAGGCUGCUACAGGGAGAUGAGCAGCAGGACGGCAUUGUGUCUAAGAUUCUGAAGAGAUUGUUUGAAGUGGUGAAGAAGGAGGAAGAUCAUCAGAAGCAUCUUAUCACAGUUUCAAAUAUUCAGUUUCACAGUGAUGGUUCCACAGUCGAUCUGCUUAACCCCCACGACAGAGAAAUACAAUGUCUGCACCAUUCAGUAAUGGGAUUAAUCACAGAAGAGCUCAGUGAGAUUGUUGCGUUCAGUUGCGAAGAAGCUUGGAGCUUGUACUUCGAGGGAAUAAAGGUCCAGAAACUGGCAGGAGCACAUCUGCACAGAUGUAGCACAGUAUUUACUAUUACAGUGGAGCGACUGCAAAACAGUGGCAGCUGCACUCGUUCAUCCAUCCAGAUCUUUGACCUUUCAGGAUGGACUGAGGAAGACACAGUGAGUGGUGCUACCCCAUUAGAGCAGGUGCUCAGUGCCGAACCCAGCCACGGAUGCUUGGCAAGUUUUCUGCGUCAGCCACUGGGAGGAAACAGCUACUCCCUGCUGAUCUACUGUCUGAACUCAACAGAGUCUUGGCCUGGACAGACAGUCACGGCUCUGACACUCAUUCAAAAACUGAUGGAUCUCACCAACAAUGUCACUCAGAACUGCUGGGAUUACAAGGAAGUCACACAGAACCUCCGAUCCAACAUUCGAGAGAUAAGGAUGAAAUUGAGCUCAAAUGGGGACCUUUGCAGUGAGGAUGCAAAACAAUUAGGAAGGCUCGUCCAGGAAUUACAGAUGGUGAAAAACCAACGUUGGGAGAAAAGGAACGAAAGAUCCCAGCAGUGCAAGGAAGAACGUAGGCAGCACCUCACAGCUAAGGGGUUACAGGAUCCUGACUCAGGAUGUGUGCCGUCCCAGUGUGAGCAACUGUCCGCCAUGUCCCAGCGUGGUCUAGCUCAGCAGUACAACCUGAAAAUGCAACAUAUCAGGAGGGUUAAAGAGCAACUGAAGGAGUUGGUGGCCCAGUAUCUCAAAGCUGGGAGCAGGAGUACAGAUGAAACAAGGACAUUACUCAGUGGCAUCCAGGGAUUAAGAGAGACACUGCAGUCAGAAGAGAAAGGUCUACAUCACAUCCGACAGAAACUGGAGAUGUGGGCUAAGAUCAGCCAUGCGAACACUGCACUGUUCCACACUGAACUUGAUCAGCUCUACGCAGCUGCAAUGAAGAGGAGGAAAAGGUUGGCAGAAGAUAAUGCCAGUUUAGUUCAGCGGGAACUGUCGAGGAUGGAGCGAGAAUUGCAGCAACAAAAGACCAGCCCAAGUGAAAGCACAGUGGCACCGGACGAGUUGCUAAGGCUAAGGAGGGAACGAGAGGUGGUGGUCUUCCAGCUGGUGGCUCUGAGGAGGGAGAAGAAUGAGGCAGAGAAGGAUCUAGAAGCAAUGCACCACAACUACAAAGCCGAGUUGGAGAAUCAGAAACUCCAGGCUCUCCAGGUCCUUCGUGAAUUCCGUGAGGUGUCUCAGUUGAAACUGGAUGCAUUAGAAAAACGUUAUCACAAGUUACUGCAGGAGGCAAUUCAGGAUGCAGUACAGCUGUCUGCCCAGAAACAGCAGCUGGAGUUAGAAAAGAAACUCUUGAAACAGAGAAUUGCUGAGCUCUGUGACCAGCUGUCUGCAACUAAACAGCAAGAGGUGAUACCUCACCCAGGGGAUGCGGAGACACACAGUCAUCAAUUUCCUCAAUGAGGCCAGUCAAUUGACAGUUAGGACACACACAAUGGACUGCCUUGUGAUAGUGGUCUUCAAAAAGAUAAAGGCCACAUUUGCGUUAUUUAAAAUUGUGGACUGAAAUGAGAACGAACUGCUUUAAAACCAGUAUUUUAAAGAUUGUUGCGUCUUUUGAAAAGCAAGUAACUUGACCCUCAUGGCAAACAUCAUUUAUACAACUGUUUGAACAAGCAGUAAUUGAAGUUAGUUUGCAGACAAACUGGAGGUGAGGAGCUGUACACAGAUGCAGUUCUGGUUUGCAACAAGAAGUUAAUUGGUCUUAUGACAAGUUACUGAUGACAAAGGUUUUUGCCUGCCAGCAGCAUGUACUUUGUUCUCAGGUAACACAGCUUGGGCCUAGGAACAAGAAACAGAGAAAUCAGAUCUUCACCAGCUCAGGAGUGGUCUCUCUGCAGUCAAAACCCACUUUCAACCUGAUGAAAACCAGUUUAUCUUUCCUUUCUGCAGUUGCUGUGAACUGUGACUUAUAAUUGAGACCCUUUACAUGGGAACCAGGAAAAGGAUUCAGAAAAGAAAGGCUACAAAGUAAUAUCUGAUCAGCAAGAGCCAACUCAACAGAUCUUGGCAUAAAGGCUGCUGCCUUGCUUUUCUAGUUUGCCCAUCAUCCAUGUGUUUUUCUCUAUAUGUGUGUGUGUGUGUGUCUCUAAUGGGGUGCUUAAUAUGGGAUUUGAAUUUUAAUUUGUGGUGCUAUAUGCCAACAGUUUGCAACUGUUUGCCUAA